AUGUUAUCAACAAGUCAACAACGUGUGAUUCUUGUCACUGGAGCAAACAAAGGCAUUGGCUUUGAAGUUGUGAAGAAGCUCGCAAAUGAAUCAUCACUCAUAAACAAUCUUAUUCUUCUUGGCUGUCGUGAUUUGAAACGAGGUGAAAAUGCACUGAUUCGAUUAGGUUCUCCUCCGAAUGUUCAUCUCCUUCAUUUGGAUGUCUCAUUACAAGAAAGCAUCACUCAUGCUACCAAUCAAAUUAAAUACAAGUAUGAUGGUCAACUGGAUGUUGUCAUCAACAAUGCUGCUAUUGGAGAACUACAACUAACUGUCGACGUAGCUCGAUCAAUGUUCGCUACAAAUUAUUAUGGUAUCAAAACACUAAAUGAACAUUUAUUUCCUCUUAUACGAGAGAAUGGUCGCGUGAUCAAUGUGGUCAGUAUGUGUGGUUCUAUUCUAUUGUCUGAAGCCUCGAAAGACCUUCAAGAAAAAUACUUAUCAUCAACAUUGACUACUGAACAGCUCGAUCGUCUUGUUGAAGAUUUUAUUUCAGCCAUUGGAACAAAUAGUUUCGAAGAAUUAGGAUACAAUCCCAAGUCAUCUUACUUAAUUUACAGUGUUACAAAGGCAGCAGUUAUUGCUCUCACUCGAAUCGAAGCUCGUCAAUGGUCUAGAGCCAAAAAUGUACUCGUUCUUUCUGUGUGUCCAGGAUUUUGUGCUACUGAUAUGAAUAAGAAUGCGCCUGGUGCUCAUUCUGCAGAAUUGGGUGCUGAUUCAAUCUUGUAUGUCGUCAAUACUCCUCAAAAUGAACUUGGGAAUGGUUGUUUUUACCGAUAUGGCCAACAACUAUCACCUAUUUGCAUGAUCAAUGAUAAAAAUUGA